AUAGAGUUUCUUUUUUUUUUUUUGGUUGUCCAUAAAGCACACAUUUCAAACUGUUUAACUGGCUUUCUAAGAUGGUUGUAAGACGUACACCAGUUUUGUCCUCCAAGGAGGAUACAGCCUUUCGUGAAGCUCUUUCACUUUAUGAUUCCAAACAAUAUAAGAAGGCACUUAAACUUGUUGAACAAACGUUAAAGAAAAGUCCAAAUCAUGCGGAAUCAUUAGCUCUUAAAGGUUGUAUCAACCAUUUUGUAAGCACCAAGGCUGAAGCUGACCUUUAUGUUAGAAAGGGUCUUGCUCGUGCUCCAGGAAACCAUCUUGUCAAUCAUUUGGCUGGGAUUUAUUUCCGUAACGUAGAAGAUUAUGCUGAAGCAGCAAAGUGGUAUAAAGCUGCCAUUGAUAAUGGAUCUCAAAAUAAGCAAAUCUUACGUGAUUUAGCCACUAUGCAAGUUCACAACAGAGACUAUAAGAAUUUGAAAGAUUCAAGACAACUGUUCCUUGAAGAACAACCGGGGUUCAGAGCUAACUGGACUGGGAAUGCUGUUGCUCAACAUUUGAAUAAAAAUUAUUCUGGAGCUAUUUCUACCCUUUCCAAGAUCGAAGGUCUUAUUAAGGAACAUCUUCUGGCUUCUGAUAUGGUUGAACAUUCCGAAUGUCUUUUGUAUAAGAACUCCAUUAUGAGUGAAGCUGGAGAUUUUGAAAAGGCUUUGAAAUGUCUUAAUCAUGACGAACCAGAUAUUAAGGAUAAAUUAUCAGUAUUGGAAUAUCGUGCUCGUUACCUCCUUCUCUUGGGCGAGAAGAAGGAAGCUGCAUUGGUGUACCGUAGAUUGUUGCAAAGAAACCCAGACAAUUCUCUGUACUACACUUUGUUAGAAGUUGCCAUGGAAACUCUGGAAAUGUCAGUUGAUAUUAGGCUUAAAUUAUAUGAAAAAUUGGCUAGAUUUUACCCACGCUCUGAUCCUCCCAAGUUUUUACCAUUGACCUUUUUACCUGCUUCUCAUCCUGAAUUUUUGAAUAAGGCAAAGGAAUACGUUUUGAGUCAACUUCAAAGAGGUAUCCCUGCUACUUUUGUAAACAUUAAGCCAGUCUACAAGGAUAAGGCUAAAAUGAAGGUUAUUGAAGAGCUUGUAUUGAAGUUCUACAAGGAAGAAGUUUCCAAACUUAUCCCAACUGUCACCGUUUGGACUCGUUACUUUUUGGCUCAACAUUAUUUAUAUUUGAAUGAUUUAACAAAUGCUACUAAGUAUAUUGAUCAAGCUUUAGAGCAUUCACCAACCUUAGUUGAAUUGUAUAUUGUUAAGGCAAGAAUUUUGAAGCAUUUAGGCCAAUUUGAACAAGCGGCAGAAGCAAUGAAUGAAGGCCGUGAAUUAGAUCUUCAAGAUAGAUUUAUCAAUUCCAAGGCAACCAAGUAUUAUUUCAGAGCCAACAAGGUUGAUAAGGCUAUUGAUACUAUUUCCUUAUUCACAAAGUUGGAAGAUGGUGCUGUCAAUGGUUGUAAAGAUUUGCAUUUAAUGCAAGUGAAUUGGGUGUUAAUUGAAAGUGCCGAAGCUUAUUCCAGAUUAUAUCAUGAAUUCGAAGCUAAGUUACGUGAAUAUAGAGCCAGUGUUAGCGCCGGUUCCACCACUGAACCAGUUGAAGAAGACGGUGAUGAAAUUUCUGUUGAAUCAAUUGAAAAUGAAUUGAUUGAAAACAUUGAACUUUAUAAAGGUUUGGCAUUGAAGAGAUAUCAUGCCGUUAUUAAGGUCUUUGAUAUCUUUUACAACGAUCAACUCGAUUUCCACUCUUAUUGUUUAAGAAGAGGUACUCCAAGAGAUUAUGUCGAAACACUCAAAUGGGAAGACAACAUCCAUGGUACACCAAUCUACAGUAGAGUUCUUAAGGGAUUAUCUCAAAUUUAUUUGGAAAUUUAUGAAGAACAAGAAGCAUCUAAGAAAUUGAAGAAUGAAUCAGGAGAUCUUGCAGGUAGUAACAAGCCAAAGAAGAAUGGUAAGAAGCAGAAGAAAGCCAAGGCUCAAGUGAUGAAGAAGAAGGAGGAACUUGUAGCUAAGGUUGCAUCAGUGGCAGACGAUCAAGAUCCUUUAGGUUCAAACUUGUUAUCUGGGUUAAUUACCAAUAGUCAUGGUAAGGUUUUGGAUAAUCUCUUUGAAUUGUUUAAACCAUUACUUACUGAAGCUAAACUGAACAAACUUACAUGGGAACUUGCCUAUGAAUUAUAUUUGAGACAAGGUAAAUACAUUUUGGCCAUGCAAGCAAUCAAGAGUUUGAAUUCCAUUUUGACGAAAUACAAGGAUAUUCAAGUGGAAGAGAUUAAUACAAUGGUGAACAAAUUGGCCUCAACUGCUAGAUCUGAUCCUGAUGCAAAUGCUGCUAUUGUCAAGGUUGUUGAAAAGGGAUUGUCCACUUCAUUCCCUGAAUACUUCACUGUUUAAAAAUAGAAAGUGAAAGUAAUACCAUAGAUGAAUAUAGAUGUAUAUAUAAAAAUACUACAGUACAAUAAAGAUCUUCAUUUAUUAUAUGAACUGCACUAU